AUGACUAUCUGUACUUACAACGCACGUACGCUUGCAUCGGAAGCGGUCAUGGAUGAUGAUGCAGGGCAAGAAGUUAAGUACGACGCCAUCGGACUGACUGAGACGAGACGACGUCACCCUCUAAACGCCGUAUAUGAAACUGGAGAAGAACUGUUUUUAGGAACAUGCGACAGUAGAGGUGUUGAUGGAGUUGGCGUCCUCGUCAACACGAGUAUGGUAAAGAACAUCGACUGUUUCGAACAACUUACGACCCGAAUCGGCCUUCUGCGGAUGAGAAGAUGUGGUCCAACACCAGCUUUGACUAUCUUCGUCGCUUACGCUCCAACAUCAACUACGAAGAAGACGAAGUCGAAGCUUUCUAUAUGGACCUGGAGAAGUUCUACCGAGAAGAUCAUGCGUUCUACAAGAGAGGCGAUAAAGGAAGACCUUAAAAAGAGAAGAGCAGAAGCGCUGGCUGAAGCCGCAGAGGCGGGGAAAAGCAUCCGCUAUGCCUGUCGAGACUUCGCCAGUCGCAAGACGAGGAUGACUGCUCUCCGGAACCCAAAGGGAACAGCCAUUGCAUCGAGAAGGGGGAUGGAGAAAAUCAUCUACGACUUCUACUCUGAUCUCUUCGACAGCCAUGUCCACUUGUCUCCUCACCAUCUGAGGGAAGACGGACACGUCAUUCCAGAUGUUCUCCCGUCCGAAAUACGACAUACUAUCAUGUCGGUAAGAAAUCGUACGGCAGCCAGUCCCGACAGAAUAAGACCAGAACACCUGAAGAGAUUUCCGUCAGUACUCAUCAAUACCUUGGCGAGUCUCUCUACACGUUAUCUGUCGGAAUGCAAGGUUCCUAAGCAGUGUAAGACCAGCAAGACCGUGUUGUUGUAUAAAAAGGGAGAUCCACAUGACAUCGGCAACUAUCGUCCAAUCUGCCUACUGUCCGUCAUCUACAAGCUCUUUACAAGAGUAAUCCUUAAUAGGUUUGAAAAAGUCUUGGAUGAAGGACAGCCAUGCGAGGAAGCAGGGUUUCGAAAAGGAUUCAGCACGAUUGACCACAUUCACGCUGUUUCGAAACUCAUCACGAGAGUACAAGAUGCCGCUCUGUCUCACCUUCAUCGACUUAAAGAAGGCCUUCGACUCAGCUGA